AUAGUUUUUAAAAGUUAAGAGUGUGUUUGUAGCUUGUAGUUUAUUUCGUGAUAUUAAAUUUAUAUUCUAACAUAACGUACGUGUGUGUUCUAGAAGUAUGCAGUUAAAAAUGUCAAAUUCAUUUGAUAAAAAUUAUGUGAAACAAUUAUUGCUACAAGAAAAUGAAUUUAUUUUGAACAUAUUUACUAAAAUGCCAUUGCCUAUGUCUGAGCUAGUUUCAGAUGAGAAAGAUAAAUUAGUGACAUAUAAUAAAAAAAAAAUAUCAGGAGACAAUAUCUUUCCAAAUUUAAUUGGAAAAGCAAAAAGAGCACAUACAUUUGAAGAAUUGCAUGCUAAAUUGGAAGGAUUAAAGAAUGUUAAACGAUUAGGAUAUAAAGAAAAGCAAUUAAAAAAGAAUUUGAAAACUAAAAUAAAAAAGAUGUCGAAGAAAAAAGAACGAAUAAUGCAAAAAAAUUUAGUAAAAAUAGAGCAAAACAUAACCGAUUUAUCUAAAAUCAAAAAAGAAGAUAAUGAAAUACCAAAGAUUCCACGACCAAAACCAGUGUUUAAUUCAGAAGGUAAGAUGGUAUUUAGCAAAUUUGAUUUUUCUGAAAUUGGAACAAAAAAGAAACCACCUAAGAAAGAUGCAAAGAAAAUGCUACUCGAGGUGAAACAAAAACAAGAAAAGUUAAAAGAAAUGGAACAAUUAGGUGAAAAGGAAAAAAUAGAAGAAAUUAAAGAAAAAGAUAUAUGGAAGUCUGUUUUAGCAAAAGCUAGUGGUGAAAAGGUGAAAAAUGAUCCAGAUUUACUUAAAAAAACAUUGAAAAGAAAAGAUGAUAAAAAAAAACGGAGUGCUAAAAAAUGGGAAUCUAGAUUAGAAAAUGUGCAGAAAGGAAUUCGAGAAAGGCAAGAAAAACGACAAGAUAAUAUUAUGAAAAGAAAGAAAGAAAAGAAGAUAAAUAAAUUAAAAAAAGCAGCCAAAAAGGGACGAAUAAUACCUGGAUUUUAAAUAUGACAUAAAAAAUUAUAUAUAAAUCAUUUUCAAUUUUAUUUCCAUAAUUUGAUUAAUUUUUUAUAUCGAAGGCAGUCAAAAAUAUGCAUAAAUAUUAUUUGCAUAAUCAUUAGAACAAUUUUUU